UAAACGUCGUGUGCCUACGUCAUCCAUUGCUGCGCGGAAGGAUAUUUUCAGUAAAUAGUGUAGUUCCGGGAUGUGGAACUACUUCUCCGGAUGGAAAAGGAAAACCGUGAGAAGCGCAAGGAUACAACGGAGCUACACGUCGCUAGCAGGUGCACAACGCAGGGAAUUCACAAAUACAGGACGAAAGAUGGCAUAGCAUAUGGUGUUUUCCCGUUUCCAGCGACAGAAGACACGUCUGCCAUAAACCACAACCGUGUGCUUUCACUAGAAUAAUGUCACAAGUGGCUACUAUCUGCUGACCGUUUUUCUCCAGAGUGACUGUAGUCUUUCCGUGUAGAAGACAUCACUCUACUACCCAGUACCAUGUCAGGUACCUACACACCGGCCCCUGGUGGGCCCUUCUCUGCUCUCACUCCAAGCAUGUGGCCCCAGGACAUUUUGGUCAAGUACCAUCAAAAAGACCUCCCAGAACAGUAUGAACUCCAGUAUGAUGAGUUUGGCUUCAGAAUGGACACUGAAGACGGUUCUGAGCCCAAGUCCUGGCUGGGCACUGAAGGCUCACCCCAGCGUGAAGACCCCCAGCAGAGAUUGCGCUGGCAAGCCCACUUGGAGUUCACCCAUAACCACACAGUGGGUGACCUGACCUGGGAGCUCAUUGCUCCAGUCCUUCCGCGCUCCGAGCGCCUUCGUUCCCUGGUGCUAGGUGGCAUACCUCACAGCAUGAGGCCACAGCUAUGGAUGCGUCUGUCUGGAGCACUGCAGAAGAAAAGGACUUCAGAGAUCUCUUACAGAGAAAUCAUAAAGAACAGCUCUAAUGAUGACACCACUACAGCUAAACAGAUAGAGAAGGACCUGUUACGAACUAUGCCAACCAAUGCGUGUUUCAAUAGCCUGACCAGUGUUGGAGUGCCAAGGUUGAGACGGGUACUGAGAGGCCUGGCCUGGCUUUAUCCAGACAUUGGGUACUGUCAAGGCACUGGCAUGGUGGUUUCCUGUCUGUUGCUCUUUCUGGAGGAGGAGGAUGUGCUAUGGAUGAUGUGCGCCCUGAUUGAAGACCUCCUCCCUCCAUCCUACUUCUCAUCCACCCUGCUGGGUGUUCAAACAGACCAGAGGGUUCUCCGACAGCUCAUUGUUCAGUACCUGCCAGCCCUUGACCGCCUUCUGCAGGAGCAUGACAUAGAGUUGUCACUGAUCACACUGCACUGGUUCCUGACAUCAUUUGCCAGUGUGGUGGACAUCCGUCUGCUCCUUAGGAUCUGGGACCUACUUUUCUACCAGGGCUCGUUGGUGCUCUUCCAGGUCACACUGGGCAUGCUCAAGAUCAAGGAGGAGGAGCUUGUGUCAUCAGAGAACUCUGCGUCCAUUUUUAACACUCUGUCAGACUUACCAAGCCAGCUGAGAGAUGGGCCUGCAGUUCUUGGGGAGGCUAUGAGGCUAGCAGGGACACUGUCCCAGGAAACACUAGAAGCCCACCGACACAAGCACCUAGCCUACAUCCUAAAUGAACAGGCCCAGCUCAACAAUGGAAACAACACAAUACUCAACUCCAAUCUCAACAAGGUGGUGAGGAGACAGUCCCUGCGCAGAAAGUCCACCCUGAGCUCCCUGCUGUUUGGGGAGGAUGAGGCCGAGGCUCUAAAAUCCAAGAACAUAAAACAGACAGAGCUGGUGGCUGCUCUGCGAGAGGCCAUAGCCCGCACUGCAGAUCAUUUCCAUUGUCUGGACCCACGCCAUUCCAGUACUGACCUGACUCCUGACUACUCCAUGGAAAGCCACCAGCGAGACCAUGAAAACUUCCUUGUUGUGUCCCGUAACCGGCGGAGACGGGCAAAGGCAUUGCUGGACUUUGAGAGACACGAUGACGAUGAACUGGGCUUCAGGAAGAAUGACAUCAUCACUAUCAUCUCGCAGAAGGAUGAACACUGUUGGGUUGGAGAGCUCAAUGGCCUCAGAGGUUGGUUCCCAGCAAAGUUUGUGGAGAUUCUAGAUGAAAGAAGCAAAGAGUACUCAUUAGCAGGCGAUGACUCUGUAACGGAGGCAGUGACAGAUUUGGCCAGAGGGACUUUGUGCCCGGCCCUGAAGGCCAUCUUUCAGCACGGUCUCAAGAAACCGUCUAUACUGGGAGGGCCCUGUCACCCCUGGUUAUUCAUAGAAGAGGCGGCCAGCAGAGAGGUAGAGAGGGACUUCAAUUCUGUCUACUCCAGACUGGUGCUGUGUAAAACCUACAGGUUAGAUGAAGAUGGGAAAGUACUAACACCAGAGGAGCUGCUAUACAGAGCAGUGCAGUCAGUCAACAUGAGCCACGACAUAGCACACGCUCAGAUGGAUGUCAAGUUUAGGUCUCUUGUCUGCGUUGGCCUCAAUGAGCAGGUGCUGCACCUAUGGCUGGAGGUGUUGUGUUCCAGUAUGGCCGCUGUAGAGAAAUGGUAUCAUCCGUGGUCCUUUCUUCGCAGUCCUGGAUGGGUUCAGAUCAAGUGUGAACUCAGGGUCCUAUCAAAGUUUGCCUUCAGUCUCUCCCAAGAUUGUGAGCUACCUGACAAGAAAGAGGAGAACGAGCAGAGACCAUUGAAAGAGGGAGUACAGGAUAUGUUGGUGAAACAUCACCUCUUCAGCUGGGACAUUGAUGGCUAGACACACAACAAAAACCUUCUGAAUCCUACCGUCCUGUGUCUGUGUGUAUAUUUGAUCUGUCUCUUCAUCUGUUUCUUACACACUGGAAACUGUAACUUAGACACCAUUGUCUGCUUUUAUCCCUGGAUGAUGAUGACACCCAAAUAAUGAUGACACCCAAAUAAUGAUGACUCUGAAACUCUCAUGUCAUCAUAAGGUCCACUGGGUGGUAUGAACUGAAGUAUGUGUGCAUUAAAGUGCAUAAUUACAAGACAGUUUCUAUUCAGACUCGGUGUAGGAGGUUUUGCAACAUGGUUGAAACUAUAUGAAGUUUUACAAGUAAAACACUCCUGUAGUACAGAACGGUCUGUACCCACUGGCCUGGAACACUUAAGUAUUUCUUCAGUAGUCACUACACUGGCUGUUCAGCUUUUUAUAGCUAACUGGGUGUUUGUUUUAUGCAGGAGUGAGACGUACAGUACAUCCUCUUGCACUGGUUUGUGUCUAUGUAAAAUGCAGUGUCAGGUUACCCCACAACAAACACUGGACCUUUGGCAUGGUCCUAAAUUCCACAUGACCCUGUAAAUUCCAAAAUAUUAAGACCAAAACAUUCCUAAACAUGUUACAAAUUAUUUUUGAGAGGAAUGCUACUUACCUCAGUAUCAUGAAUUCCACAAAAAAUUUUAAGUCAUACUAUGCAGGAUUUUCCUUAAAAAAACAAAACAAUGUAUAGACUUGUACAAAAAUAAUCCCUCUCAAUCGUCACCUAUGACCCACUAGAAGGUUGUGGCGGUGUCUGUAUCUACAGAGACCCUGUCAUCUACCUGUAUUUUCUUAUUAUUUUGCUGUGUUCAGGAUGUUUCUGGCCUUCAGCCUUUGGGUAGUUGUUGUGUAGCCCCCAGCCAAUAAGAGCAUGCAGGCUGUGAGUGUGGGACUCUAUAAAAACGUAACGACAUAGACAAGAGGAAGCUACAAAAAUGGCGGACAUAGCACCGAUGUUCUGCUUGUUCAACAGAUACAGCAGCGAGUUGUAGUCAACUCGAGUGAAGUAUAAGUGAAGUCUGUUUCAUUCUGUCUGCUAUGGACUCUGUGCUCUUUAGCAGACUGCUGUCUGCUCUGUGCGUGUGUGUAUAGUUCAGCCCCGCCUUCGUUCAUACAGGCAAAGAGCAGACAGAAAGAAUGAGCCGGAGCGGAGGGGCCAACUUUGAAUGUUGUUUACAAACAGCAAUCAACAAAUCCUGCAUAGUAUGCCUUUAAAUACUAAUGUUGCACAUGCCAAGUAAAGCCUUUUAAACUGUGAUAUGAGACUAUAUGUUUGUGCUACCUUAAGAGUGGUAGUGAACAGUCUGCACUUGUAUGACAUAAUGUAAAUGAAGCAGAUAAAUACUUUUUGUGUUACAGUCAAAAUAAAUGUUACAUACAUGUUUUUCUGUAUAGAAAGUAAAUACAUCUGUCGCUUGUGACUACAUGUACCUUGUAAGUUAAAGAAAUUUGACAUAGAACUUUUUCUGAUCUUGACACACUGAUUUCCAAAUUGACCUCCAGUACUGACUUCAACCUGCAUCAAAAAACAAAGAAUAGCCUGUGGAUAUGUAUUCAAACUGUGGACUAAUGAUAGAUGAUAAAUGAGGACUUAAGAGGAUUGAUAUGUGAACAAAAUUGUAAUACUUUUGAGUAAUCUGUUACAACAAGUUUGUUCAUAAUUAAUUAUGUUGUGAUAUUUUUUGGAUAUUUGGUGUAAACAACUUUUAAUUUCAGGCAAAGAUUUUGUUGUAUCAGUUGUUAUUCUUGCCAAGCCAAUUGGAUCUUGGAGGUGACAAGAUUGACAUAGUCAUGUAGUUUCAGUUAAGAAUUUUUUUUUUUAACUUACAUUGUUAUCUGUAACUUUCCCUUGUGCAGAAAACACAAUCAACUUAGUUACUGGUUUUACAUGAUGGUAAGUUAUUGUAGCCUGUAAAAAAUCACAUUAUGUUAUCAAAAAUGUACGACUGAAAGAAAAAACUUGUGUGGCAGUGACUCUUAUAAGACUGAGACCACACAGUAACACUCCUGGGCUUACUGUACAUAAAAUAUGAUAAAGUAUAUUGGAAAAGAACACUAUAAACACAUGGAAAACCCA